AUGGGCCAGGGCCAAGCCCUGUGGAACUUGAUUUUAAGGUUUCUUCAGAGCCGGAAAGCACGCAUUCGGAUUUCGUUUUUUCAGGAAAAAGAAUUGAGGAUCGAAGGCCGACUCGUUGGUUUUGAUGAUAGCAUGAAUUUAGUUCUUGAUGAUGCUGAAGAAGUGAACAUCGAAAAGAAAACCAGAAAGACAUUAGGGAGAAUCGUUCUUACAGGAAACAGCAUAACCGUUAUGAUGAGGACGUAA